AUGGCUUGGGGGGCUGAACUGAGCCGGCUUUGGUCUCUCUCUUUGGCUCUGUUCCUGAUUCUGAGCACUGUGUCCGGCGCGCAUGCAUGCCCACACAAGUGCAGUUGCACCGGAUCCCAUGUGGACUGUCAGGGUCUGGGGCUCAAAACUGUACCGAAGGGGAUCCCGCGUGGAGCUGAGCGACUGGACUUGAACAGAAAUAACAUCACUCGGAUCACCAAAGUGGACUUCUCUGGCAUUAAGAACCUCCGAAUUCUUCAUCUGGAGGACAACCAAAUCAGUGUCGUCGAGAGAGGAGCCUUCCAAGAUCUGCGACUACUGGAGAGACUUCGCCUAAACAGGAACAGGCUCACUUUGCUGCCAGAACUUCUCUUCCAGUCCAAUCCUAAACUCGGCCGACUAGACCUGAGCGAGAACCAGAUCCAGGCGGUACCGAGGAAAGCCUUUAGAGGAAUCACCAACGUCAAGAACCUGCAACUGGACAGCAACCACAUCAGCUGCAUUGAAGAUGGAGCUUUCCGAGCACUGCGCGAUCUGGAGAUUCUCACUCUCAACAACAACAACAUCACCCUCAUCCCACUUUCCAGCUUCAACCACAUGCCCAAGUUGCGGACGCUUCGCCUGCACUCCAACAACCUUCACUGUGACUGCCACCUGUCCUGGCUCUCUGAUUGGCUGCGGGCGAGGCGAGGCCUGGCGCCCUUCACUCAGUGCAUCUCCCCCGCCCACAUGAGGGGCCUGAAUGUCCCCGAUGUACAGAAGAAGGAUUUUAUCUGCAAUGGUCCCGUCCUCACAGAGCCAAGGACAUGUGCGCCCCUAGUGGCAGUGUGCCCGCCCAGUUGCACCUGCAACAACAACAUUGUGGACUGUCGGCGCAAAAGCCUGAUGGAGAUACCCAGCAACCUUCCGGAGGGCAUCAUGGAGAUUCGUUUGGAGCAGAACUUGAUCAAAAGUGUCCCACCAGGAGCCUUUUCGUCCUACAAGAAGCUUAAGAGAAUAGACUUGAGUAAGAACCAAAUUUCCGACAUUGCAGCCGAUGCCUUCAGUGGUCUCCGCUCGCUCACCUCCCUGGUGCUGUAUGGCAACAAAAUCACCGAACUGCCAAAAGGAUUGUUUGAUGGCCUGGUGUCUCUGCAGCUACUCCUCCUGAACGCAAACAAGAUCAACUGUCUUCGCGUCAACACCUUCCAGGACUUGCAAAACCUCAACCUGCUGUCACUGUAUGACAACAAGUUACAAACUAUUAGCAAGGGACUUUUUACACCACUGCGCUCCAUCAAAACACUUCAUUUGGCCCAAAAUCCCUUUAUGUGUGACUGUCACCUGAAGUGGCUGGCCGAUUUUCUGUUCGACAACCCCAUCGAGACCAGCGGGGCGCGCUGCAGCCACCCCAGAAGACUGGCAAACAAGCGCAUCAGUCAAGUCAAAGGCAAGAAGUUCCGCUGCACAGGUCAAGAAGACUACCGCAGCCGUCUAAGCGGCGAGUGUUUCCAGGAUCUUGUUUGUCCCGAUAAAUGCCGCUGUGAGGGCACCAUGGUCGACUGCUCCAAUCUUAAACUGUCCCGCAUACCAGCACACAUCCCGGAACACACCACAGACCUGCGACUGAAUGACAACGAGAUCGUCAUACUGGAGGCGACCGGGAUGUUCAAGAAGCUGAUGAACUUGAGGAAAAUCAACCUGAGCAACAACAAGCUGCGGGACAUCCGCGAGGGCACUUUCGAUGGAGCGUCAGGGGUUCUGGAACUUCUCCUGACUGGCAACAAGCUCACUGGACUGCACGGGCGAAUGUUUAGAGGUCUCACUGGCUUGAAAACGCUAAUGCUGCGUAGCAACCAGAUCAGCUGCAUCGACAACACGACGUUUACAGGCCUGAGCUCAGUGCGUCUGCUGUCGUUGUACGAUAACCGGAUCUCCAGCAUUGCCCCAGGAGCCUUCGCCACCUUGCACUCGCUUUCUACCAUUAACCUCCUUUCCAAUCCGUACGUGUGCGACUGUCACUUGGCUUGGCUUGGUCACUGGCUGAAGAAAACGCGAGUGGUGAGUGGAAACCCUCGCUGUCAAAGGCCCGCCUUCCUGAAGGAAAUUCCCAUCCAGGAUGUAGCCAAUCCUGACUUUACAUGCGAUGGUGGCGAGGAUAACGGCUGUCUUCCCGCAUCUGGCUGCCCUGAUGUCUGCACAUGCUCAGAUACCGUGGUGCGAUGCAGCAACAGAGGCCUCCACUCACUGCCCAAGGGCAUUCCCAAGGACGCCACCGAACUUUAUCUGGAGGGCAAUAUGCUCACUUCUGUACCCAAGGAGUUGGCGGCCCUCAAGCAUCUGUCAUUAGUAGACCUGAGCAACAACAGCAUCAGCACAGUGGCACCAUACACCUUCAGCAACAUGACUCAACUGGCCACGCUAAUCCUCAGUUACAACCAAAUUCGCUGCAUCCCGGUCCACGCAUUCGACGGUCUCAAGUCGCUCCGCCUGCUCACUCUACACGGGAAUGACCUCUCAACCAUCCCGGACGGUGCGUUCAACCACCUCACCGCGUUGUCCCACCUGGCCCUGGGCGCCAACCCCCUGUACUGCAACUGCGACCUACGCUGGCUCUCCCAGUGGGUGAAGGCCGGCUUUAAAGAGCCAGGCAUUGCACGCUGCACCGGACCUCCUGACAUGGCUGACCGGCUGCUGCUGACGACGCCGCUCAACAAAUUCCAGUGUAAAGGUGCGGUGGAUAUUGCCCUUGUGUCAAAGUGCGCCCCCUGCCUGGCAGAGCCGUGCCAAAAUAAUGGCACCUGUGUGUCCGACGCGACUGGGUCCUACCACUGCACCUGUCCGUUUGGAUUUAAGGGCCAGGACUGCGAAACAGCCAUUAACGCCUGCGUUAGCUUUCCUUGCCUGAAUGGAGGGACGUGUCACAUUCAACCGGGCCUUGAAGACCACUUCAACUGUGUGUGUCCACCGGGUUUCGAGGGUCAACGCUGUGAGGUGAACCCAGAUGACUGCGAAGACAACGACUGCGAGAACAAUGCCACCUGCGUCGACGGUGUCAACAACUACACUUGUGUCUGUCCGCCCAACUACACAGGUGACCUGUGCGAAGACGUGCUGGAUCCCUGUCUUCCUGGUUUUGACCCCUGCGAACACGAUUCGAAGUGCGUCCACGUUGGACGCAGUUACAGGUGUGAGUGCUUGCCAGGCUACGUGGGCGAUUUCUGCGAGCUUGACUACAACGACUGCUUGGAAAACAAGUGCCAACACGGCGCCGAGUGUGUGGACGCUGUCAAUGGUUACACAUGCGUCUGUAAGGAGGGCUUCAGCGGUUUGUUUUGCGAGAAUCCUCCGCCCAUGAUUUUGCUGCAGACCAGCCCGUGCGACCACAGCGACUGCCAAAAUGACGCCCAGUGCCUGCUAGUUGCCGGUGAGCCCGUGUGUCGGUGCAUGCCCGGUUUCUACGGCACCAAAUGCGACAAGAUGGCCACUGUCCACUUCCUGGGACGCGAGGCCUACGUGGAGCUCCCGGGUGCCAAGCUGCUCCCUAAUGCUCACAUUUCUUUCCAGGUGGCCACUGAAAAAGACAACGGAAUCUUGCUGUAUAAGGAGGACCACGACCCUUUGGCGCUGGAACUAUAUCAAGGACACAUACGACUCAUCUAUGAUAUGGCUAGCUAUCCUCCCACGACAGUAUACAGCGUCGAGUCUGUAAAUGACGGACUUUUCCACACGGUGGAACUGUUGAUUCAGAACCAUUCGCUCAGCCUGGUGGUGGACAACGGCGCCCCCAAGAGCCUAGGCAAGCUGGCGCGCCAACCCUCAGUCGACCACGACACGCAGCUUUACAUUGGAGGUGCACCCUAUCACGUGUCUGCCUCUGGCUUGCGACCCGGCCCUGAACGCACGCCUCAGUCCUUCAACGGUUGCAUCCACAACGUCCAGAUCAAUGGCGAAGCGCAGGAUCUGAGUUACCGAGCCGUUGGAGGACGACCGGUUGAGGGCAAGGGUGACGGCGUCCUCGUGGGCUGCCACUCGUGCAGCGUGUGUGCGCAGGGUGUGUGCAGAGAGGGUGGCGAGAUGGGCGUCACGUGUCAGUGCCCGCCCGGACGCAGUGGGACUUUGUGCGAGCAAGCCGCGACCACAAACACUUGUCAGGGACACAGGUGCGUCCACGGCUCAUGCGUUCCUAAGGGGUUGUCGUACAGCUGCAAGUGCAGUGAGGGCUACCAGGGCCAGUUCUGCGAGCGGAAGGAGGAGCCUCCCGCCUGCAGGGGGCAGCGUUGCGUGCACGGCGAGUGCAGGUUGUCGGAGGGCGGGGAGCCCUUCUGCAACUGCCUGCCGGGCUACAUCGGGGCCACCUGUGACGCAGAGCUCAAGUGUCAAGGCGAAAUUGUGCGAGAGCAGCUGAAGCGCCAUCAAGCCAUGCGGACGUGCACGUCCACCAGCCGGAUCCCGCGGAUGGACUGCCCCCGCUCCUGCCAGACGGCGGCGCCCCCUGGCAUCUGCUGUGGCGUCACUAAAACCCGCCGGAGGAAGGCGGUCUUCCGCUGCACCGACGGCACUUCCUACUCCGAGGAAAUGGAGAUGGCCCUGGAGUGCGGCUGCGCCAGGUGCCCGUUGUAA